UUUUGGGAGACCUAUUCAAAUAAUUAGGCAGAAAAAACAGUCUCCUCUUCAUACAUCUUUCACCGAUGAACAGAGAACACGUCAGUGAGCUGCUUCUCCACUGAAUGCAUCCAUCGUUACCAAGUUCAUCUGAACUGUCGCGCGGACUCGCUGUGGAGGAAAUAUGAUUUGGUUCACUGGUGAUUGGAUUAAGGACCUUUUAUGGUGGCCACUGCAUGAAUUAUGAUUGAAUGACAAUUCCUCUCCAGACACCAGACAUGGAUAUGAGCAUUAAGACACCGCUUCUUGUCUUCCUAAAUGUCUACAUACAUUUUGUGUCGGGAUUGAACCUCCCUCAGCCUGACAAACUGGUCGUGACAAUUUUGGAUGGGGAGGUAAUAGUACAUUGGAGACAUCCUGCAGAGCCCCCAUCGAACUUCACCUACAAUGUACAAAUGGGAAAGUACGAUGGUGACUGGGCCACGGUGGCCAGCUGCACCGGGAUAAAAAGGACCUACUGUGAACUUAGCGGCCUCCUACAUGACUAUCGCUCUAAAUACAAAGUCAGAGUUCAGCUGGUUGCGGGAGAUGACGAGUCGCAGUGGACACAAAAUAGAUUCCUCCCAAAUAUGAGUGAACUGCAGCCUCCCUCCUUCACCUUGUGGGCAACGUCCAGCACUCUGACGGUUUAUGUUCACCCAAAACCCAUUCUGAAAAAACUCUUUCCUUAUGGGCUCACCUACACCAUACACCUGGAGGAGAGGGGACAACAUAAAAAGAACACGACAGCGUACCUGACUGAUAACACAGAGGAAGAUCAGAGGACCAAAUCUUUCAGUUCUCUCCACUGGGGACGAGAGUACUGUGUCAGCAUCAAAGUAGAGGGCAUCGGAGCCCUGUCCACCAGUAGUCUGUCCCCUAAACAGUGUCUGCUGCUGCCAGACCAAGAAUGGUACAUGAUUGCUGUGUCAUCCUUAUCUGUUCUGGGUGUGCUGGCCAGCAUUGCUAUUAUGGCAACCGUUGUCCUGUGUUACCUGAAACGUCCAGAGAAACCUCCUGCCUCAUUGAAAUUGACUGUGAGUGGCUGGCUUCCCCUCUCGGCGGGAGAAGGGAACAUGGAAGUUGUUACAGACAGAGGAUGGUUCCUGUCAACCUUCAAAACAGAAUUGAAAAACUGUGUCAGCGAUCCAGCGACGCAUGAUACAGUGAAAGAGGAAGACGUAGAGGAGGACAUGAGGAACAGCUUGGACAGCGGCCUCGGCAUGGAGUCCAAUUCUGCUACAACCAGCGGAGGAAGUCCUCCGGUGAGACAAGAGGACAGUGGCUGCGGGAGUUUAGGAGAACGGGAGAGCUCCACCAGCUGUCCCACGGACUACCCUCUGAAGGACCACGGGGCCACAGGGGUUCAGAAGAGGGACGAUAGUGGGCUGGAGCUGUGCUGCGAGCUCGAUUCUUCAUCCCUCAAGGCGGCUGGCAGUGAUUACCGCAGCCACGGCUGCUCUGCCGUGCAGAUUCAAGUCUGCGAUGAUGAGGAGCAGUUCAAGCAGAGGCUCCCUGACCCGGGUUUGGCUGAGGUGGUCUCAGGGUACCGGGCUGGCCUUCAGUCCUGUAUUUGUUCAGGAGCAGGACAGUGCACUUGGUGCCAUGAACUGGGACAUUAUGGAACCGAGGUCAUCCAAGGGUACAGGGCCCUGUGUGUGGAAAAUGGACUGGUGAGCAGCAAAUGUGAUUUUGUGGAUCCUUACCAAAGGGGACUUACAUUUUCAACUUAUCCUAAAAAAACACAAAUGGACACUGUUGUGGUGGAAGACUUUGAAACUACUUUUAUUCAGAUGGGGGAGAUUUUCCCUUUGCUUACGGCUCUAUCGCCACCGCCCCCGGUGGACAAAGGCCAGGACUUCAACAUGAACAACCUGCCCCUCUCUCUCUGUGACGUACAGCUAAUGACAGACUAAUGUGCUGUGGAAUGCAUGGACAACGCUAUUUAUAAAAUCAUUGCCACACCCUCCCAACUGAGUACCAUGGUCAUUCAUUUCCGUUCCCUAACACAACCCUAACACAAUCCUACACAAUCAUUCAAAUACAUAAUACGUUUGGAAGCAGUAGUCAGUUAGUCAGGAAACCAAUGUGAGGCCGCACAGCUGCUGACUGGCAGCCGUUGGUUCUGACUGGAGUCUCUGCAGCUCUUAGGGUUGUAAGAACAUUAGGUCAAAGCCCUUAUUCACCCGUGUUUAAACUCUGUAUAUUUACAAAACGACAAUAUGUCGGAAGUGAAACCGGCGUGGGGAGCAAUGCUGAGAAACAGUUCUUGGACAUUUUGUGACUUUGCCUGCUCUCUCCUACGCUGCCAUGUUUGUAUCCCCCGCAUGACUCUCGAAUCCCCGGAAAAGUAUUCAUUUUUUCCCCCCCCUAUCCAAACAUCAGUUAAAACAACCUAAGGGCCAUUUAAGGUGAGAAACAAAGGAGAAAGCAUAGCUUUCCCUUUUUCAAUGAUGUACGGGACAUUUUUGUCAUACAGUAAACAGCCGAAACAGCCUAAUAGCAUUAUUUCUUCAGACGUUUCCCUGAUAAAUUAUUUAUUGGGUACUCAUUGUGUAUUUAUGUGACCUGUAUGUCAAACAAAUAAACUGGAAUGC